AUGCAGCAGCCAGGACAGCAGGCGACCGAGCUGGCCAUGCAGAGCUCCGUGAGCGCCGUGGUGGCUCGCAUCCGCGCUCGCAGCUGUGGCACGCCGAUGCCCUUCACCUCGCAGGUGCCUGUCCAGAACUCGGAGUCCGGCCGAGGAUACACGCUUGGCCGCGAGUAUCCAUGCAUGGGCAACGGCUCCAUGCUGAGCAGCAUUCUGGCUCCAGUUGGCGUCAGCUUAACUUUCUGCGUGAUUGUGGGCAAGUCCCUCCACAUGUUCGGCAAGUGUUCAAGCUUGCUAUGCGGUGCUUGCAGCAUCGACCGUGCGUCUCGACCUCGACACUUCGAGACAGGACAGCAGGCGACCGAGCUGGCCGUGCAGAGCUCCGUGAGCGCCGUGGUGGCUCGCAUCCGCGCUCGCAGCUGUGGCACGCCGAUGCCCUUCACCUCGCAGGUGCCUGUCCAGAACUCGGAGUCCGGCCGAGGAUACACGCUUGGCCGCGAGUAUCCAUGCAUGGGCAACGGGUCCAUGCUGAGCAGCAUUCUGGCUCCAGUUGGCGUCAGCCUAACUUUCUGCGUGAUUGUGGGCAAGUCCCUCCACAUGUUCGGCAAGUGUUCAAACUUGCUAUGCGGUGCUUGCAGCAUCGACCGUGCGUCUCGACCUCGACACUUCGAGACAGGACAGCAGGCGACGGAGCUGGCCGUGCAGAGCUCUGUGAGCGCUGCGGUGGCUCGCAUCCGCGCUCGCAGCUGUGGCACGCCGAUGCCCUUCACCUCGCAGGUGCCCGUCCAGAACUCGGAGUCCGGCCGAGGUUUCUGGGGACCGGCGCGACCGGACCCUGACAAUGGCGAGCUAACGCCGGAGAUCCUGGCUACACGGGGCAUUCGCACCUGGGGCCAAGGCCAGUCGACCCGACGGAUGAUGAAGAUGAUGGAGGAGAUGGUGGAGGUCAGCUGGUCUGACUCUGCGGCUCUUUGGACAGCAUGGAAUGUGCGUUGGCCUACCAACCAGCGCCCUGACAACAAGGGACGCCGAGGCUGGUUCGUGAACCUGUGCACAAACUUGGACCUGGGCCCGUGGAACUUCGAUUCUUUCUGGUCUGAGACGCCAUAUGUGGUGGCGGGAGCGCACGCCGAAGGGCGCAGUCUCCGCACGGUGCUGUCGGCGAAUGCGAUGGAUCCCUUCCGUGGGGUCGGUGGGGGUGACAGGUGUGCUGCGCUGGAGCCGGCGCUUGCAGGCGAUCGCUAUGUCUGGCAAUCUCCUUGCCGGAGUAAGAUGUAUCGGGGCAUCAUGAAUGGCUGUAGGAAGGAGAGCCGCAACUCCAAGGAUGCCCGGCGCUAUACAGAGUUUCAGAACCAGCUCCAUAGAAGUUUGGCUUUGGAUCAGAAGCUUGCCGAUUACCGUCUUGCCACCAUCCAGGAGACGGGGCAAUCGGAGGCUGAGUCGGGCCUGGCAUUUUGGGCCUCCCUCAACACGGAAGAUCCCGCAACGUCCAGCUGCCCUUCUGCAGUGAGCAUGAAGGGCCUUGUUUCGAUGGCUGGCUACGGCUUCGUGGGGGCUCUGAUCCUAGGCCGUAAGACCGAUAAGACCAGUGGCGCUAAUCUGAAGACACGGUGGUAUCUCGCUGCACGUGUGAAGCACGCGGGAACCACGUUUGCAAAGGUAGAGCAGGGUGCCACCUGUGAUGGUCUGUUGGUGCAGCUGGCUCCGAGGAUCUUGCAGUGUUCACGACAGCUGCCUUCACCUUAUAGCAUCUGCGUGCAUCAUGAGAUUGAGCUUGCACUGCAGCCGCUGGAGGAUCGCAUCGUGUGCGCGGGCUCAAUUGGCGGCGACAGUGGACGUAGCCGCUGCAGAGGACAGCAGGCGACCGAGCUGGCCAUGCAGAGCUCUGUGAGCGCUGUGGUGGCUCGCAUCCGCGCUCGCAGCUGUGGCACGCCGAUGCCCUUCACCUCGCAGGUGCCCGUCCAGAACUCGGAGUCCGGCCGAGGAUACACGCUUGGCCGCGAGUAUCCAUGCAUGGGCAACGGGUCCAUGCUGAGCAGCAUUCUGGCUCCAGUUGGCGUCAGCCUAACUUUCUGCGUGAUUGUGGGCAAGUCCCUCCACAUGUUCGGCAAGUGUUCAAACUUGCUGUGCGGUGCUGCAGCAUCGACCGUGCGUCUCGACCUCGACACUUCGAGACAGGAUGAGCCGCUCCUUCACCCAGACGAGAUGUCCGUCAGCUUCCGCGAAGCGGAGCGCGAGGUGGAGGACGACGAAGGUGAGGAAGCAACCGGACCAAGCGAGAUGGAGGGAGAUCCUGUCUUCGAGACAACCCACGACGGCAAGAACUCGCCGCAGCUCUCGCUGUUUCUGGAAGGCUUGUCCCUGGAAGAUCAGCAGGACUUCGAAAUCCAGAAGGCGGAAGGCCUGCGCGAGGCGCAGGAGAUGGCCGCGCGAUCGCGCGAGGCGGCCGUGAGGAUGGUCGAAGAUGCGAUCUAUGCCGAAGCCGGCGAGGAUGGAGUUCUCGUGGUCGGGAACUUUGCAGAGCGGAACCCAUGCGAAAAUGUGGGCUACUUGCACCAAACCUUUGUCCACGUUGACCACAAUGCCGCCACCUUUGUAUGCCGUCCGUGUCAUGCAGAUUGCGAUGGCACCUGCUAUGGCCCCGACCUCCACGACUGUGAAGAAAUCGCGAAGAAGCGAAAGCGGGUCAAGAACCGAGUUCCUGUCACUCUGUUCCAGGACUCCAGUCUCAAGCACUUCCGGCAGAGCUUCGAGGAGUCGUUUCAGAUGCUGAGAAACGCCGGCCUCAGCGUGAACGACACCAACUACACCGACGACACCAUCCCAGAUGAGAUGGUCGAGUGCAUGGAGACGGGCGAGUGCAGCAUGGAGAGCACCAACAUCACAGAGGCCGAUGGGGACCUGGAGUUCGAGAACAGCUCCGCCGAGCUCUUCGCCAUGACCCCCGACCCCGAGGCGGCCACUGUGGACGUGCGCACCUUGCACUCGGGUGUGCAGAAUGCCAUCGACGCGGAGCUGUCGAGGCGUGGCUUGAUCCCAGUUCGAGAAGACAUCGAUGAGAACCACUCUUACGAGGUCCCCAUGACCGACUCUGAAAAGGAGGAUGGCCCGAUCAGAGGAGAGCCUGCAGACCAGCUCGCCGGAAGCUUGCUGCAGAUGAUGGCAAACGCAACGGAAGAAGACGUGGAUGUGAAUAUCAUCGAGACUCAAGAAGAGAGCUGCGCGCAGCUGAACCGCUCUAAUCGUUCUGGCGGAGUUACUCUGCUGCAGUUCAACGCAUUCAUGAGGGGCGAGUACAAGGAUGUGAGCAGGCUGGAGCGCAAGAAGAGAAUCAAGGCGUAUGCGAAGAGCAUCGUCGUGAGCUUGCUGGGCGUUGACAACCCCUGCGCUACUGCCAUAGACCAACUCAUGGGAGCGAUGAUGCAGAUCUACGACUGCUACGAAACAGCCACCGCUUUCCGGGCUCCGCUUUGUGACCUUAAGGCCAAAUACGUAGACAUCAGGGACAGCUUGUGGACCAUCAUCAUUGUGGCCCGCUCGGUCAAGACGUUUGCGAGCCCCUUCAGGUAUCUCCCCUUUGUCAACGGCUUUGCGCACAAGGCGUACAAGAUCAUGGAUCUCUUGGAAAAAAAGGUGACCCCGAUGCACAAGAAGGUGAGGGACCUCAAGAAGUCUCCGCAUGGGCAGCAGCAUGAGAGCUCGAGCUGUUGCAUGCCCAGCUUCUUGUUGGAUGAUGGGGCGAGAGCUGCAUGCAAGGUCUGGCCCCACAAGGGCUACAGAUGCGGCUCUUGCGAAGGUGGUGCUGUCUGCGGGGUCGUCAAGAUGUGCAACACCUUCUUCUCAAUGGAGACGGCCAUCGACGACUUCUUUGUGAAGUGGAUCUUGCCCUUCAUGGGCGCCGCGUUCCUUCUGGUGCGCGAGGGCAAUGGGCCACUGGCUUCUUGCGGCAUCCAUUCAUGCGUGCCCUUGAAGAAGGUCUCCGACGAAGUCUACAACGCAAUCCAGAGCUCCUUCCUCAGCAAGUGCCCUCCGAAGGCGCCGAGCAUCAAUUUCCCCAACAUGGGGAUCAUGAACAAGGCCAAGCAAACCUUGGAGAAGGUCAAGUCAUUCUUCAGUUUUCUCAGGGGAGUCCUUGCGAGACGGCAUUGCGUCCGCCUCCCGUGGACGAGCUGUGAGUGGCGGUACUACACGAAGCGCGUCUGCUUCCGCUGCCCAGGCUGGGGACGCCGUCGUCGUUGGUCUGGCUUUCGCUGGCGGAGCUGCUGCAUGCACAUCAGGGUGAGGUACCCUCACUGCUGGUAUUAUUGGAGGUCCUUUUGCUUCAGCUUCCAGCAGAUCUUGAAGGGAAUCAGUGGAUGGCUGAGAAAAUCUUUCGGCCCUGCUCUGAGCACCGUGAAGGCUGCUAUCAAUGUCCUUCUGUAUCCGGUGAAGUGGAUCAUGGAGGGCAUGGUCGACCAGAUCAUGCGGCCGUUGAAUUCUCUCAACAUCGAGCUUCCCUUCAGCUUCGCAGAUAUGCUCCUUGAUUGA